AUGCUCGUCGUUUCCGACAUCAGCGGCGAGCCGCCCGUCUACGGCGACCUGUUCGCCGGCAAGAAGUUCUGGAUCGCCCAGCGCACCCCCGCCCGCGCCGACUUCGUCGCUCGCGUCAAGUACAACGGCGGCGAGGUCGUCCCGCUCGAGAAGCACGCCGACUACCUGAUUGUCGACCACCUGCGCUCCGACCUGCCUGUCGGCGGCAUCUCCUACCGCUUCAUCGAGAAGUCAAUCGAGUUCCAACAGAUCCAGGACCCCGACGAACCGCAGUUCCGUUGCGGUCCGCCCCCAGAUUUUGUUCGCGACGCGGGCUCCGCGCGACCUGCUCGCCGCGUGCGCGUCCCCUUCACCGCCGACGACGAGAACGAGCUCUACGCCUGGGUCAAGCGCUGCGAGGCUGAAGGACGUGGCGUCAAUGGCAAUGACAUAUACAAGGAGCUCGAGCGACGGAACAACCGCCACUCCUGGCAAUCAUGGCGCGAUCGCUGGGUGAAGCGCAAGAGCGACAAGCCGCCCCGUACCGUCACCGUCAACGUCAACCCCCCACCGUCGCCGCCAUCCGAUGUCCAGCCUACGAAAUCCUCCCGCCAGAGCCCCAAGAAGCCUAAAAUAGAAUCUGACAACGUCAACUCUACCAACCUUCCAAUGGAGCUGGCGUCUGCACCACCCGCUCCCAAAACGACAGUCUUCACCCUUCAACAUUUCGAACAGAUUAUCAGGGUUGUGGAUGAUGUCAUGAACAUUCCGUAUGGACGUCUUUCAGAGGCCUGGGACGAAUGGAGUAAGAAGGGAAAUUCAGCACAUUCGGGCGCGGAUUGGGCGCGAUACUUUGACACCUUUGUGAAGCCAAUCCACGCAGACCUGAUCAAGAAUCCCGCCAGGGGUAAGGCUUACGAUAAGGCUUGGGAUCAGUGGUUCGAGCAGAAUCGCGGCACUGCAACCGUCACCGAUUGGAUCGAGCAUUACAGGAAAACCGUCCUUCCCAAUUUUCCUCCGCCCAUAUCAGAGGACCCAGAAAUCAAGGAAGAGCCCCGUGAAGACGACUCGAGAAAUGAGCUCCAAUCAGAAGAAUUCAAGGUCAAUCAACAUGAACUAGAUCAAACGGCUAUGAACGUCACACCAGCAGAGCCAGGAUCAAUCAUCAAGGGGACUGGGAAGAAAUCAUCAACCUCCUCGCCUGCAGCCCUUGGAGUGCCCUCUGCCAUUGCCUUAGGGAAACGGCGACGGGAAGAUGCUGAUUCAGAUCAAGAAGAGAACGGUGUGCGUAAACCGUCGCCGAAGCGGCAUAACGCCAAUGUCGAGGGUUCUUUUACUUCUGAGCAGGAGAGCGUUGAGUCGCCACCGAGCAAUAACUCACUCUCAAGUCCCGCCCCCGCAGAUAUGCUAGUCUACAUUUCCUCAAACCCAAGCUCAUCCCCAUCGCCUAUAAACUCCCCUACUACAGAAGCACACCAGUCCGAAUCUCACCCAGAGUUUACUGUCUAUGAAGAAAGCCAACGCGACGAUGGAAGUCAACCGUCAACGCUCCAAAUUCGGAAUGCGUUGGAGGACCUCAAUGAAGCAGACAUGUUCGACUUGCUGCAGUCCUUCAGAGCGCAGCCUGCCGCACCACAGGAACAGGAUGACAUGACUCUGUUGGAUAUUCUUACAAUGCACACACUACAUUAUUUCAACCAGCCUGAGACUGAAAGCCAAGCUGUCUUGGCAGUCGGCGAAAAGCUUGAAGAGCUGGGUGUGUUGGAGAAGAUUUUUGGUGAGGGCGAGAGCGAAGAUGAAAGUGAAGUUGAGGAAGAGGAGUCGGAUGAGGAAGGAGCACAUAAUGACUUGUGGUUAGAAGAAGAACAGGAGGAACAGGAGGAACAGGAGGAACAAGAGGAACAAGAGGAGCAGGAUGUGGGAGAGGAGCAAGAGGAGCAGGGAGUACAGGACGAUUUGUGGUUGGCAGUCGCCCAGGGAGAUGCAGAAGCCGAGGAGGAACGGCAGCCUACCGUACCAGCCCCCUAUCACAACGAAUACAUGGAAGGACCGCGACGCUCAGUCAGAUACUUCCCUCAACAAACCAGCAAGCCCACGCCGAGCCCACAGAAACAGCACACGCGCCCCACAAGCUCCUCCGGCGGCACUGCCAUGACCUCGUUCGAAGUUACCACCGAACCCACUUUCGACCUGGCCACCGAAGACCAAACUGAUACGUAUAUCGCCUCGCGUCUCGCCCCUCCCUACAACUUCCCUGAAGAACACAUUUUGAUCGCCCUGCACGCCACGUGUGUCAACAGUACAGCUAUGGCAGAUGCGGUGCUCAGGUGGAUGCGGGUCAACACGGCGGGCAAGUCGAAGAAAGGGAGAAGAAGCAGUGUGGGUCUAGCCAUGCUGCCGGAUGAGCCAGGAAUUUGGACAGAGGAAGACGACCGGGCGCUGCUAGGUAACGACCCUCCGGAGAAACGGCGAAUCGAGAGAAAGCAUGGCAGGCUAAGGUGUAGGCGGAGGAAGGAGUUCCUGGAUGCAAUUCACCGAAGCUGA